AUGACCACUUUAACUCUCUCCAACUCUUUCGAGGACGAGCGUUCUUUCCGCGAACUUUCCUUCAGAUGGUCGGUCGCGUGGGACAAAAAGGAUCUACCGACUUUCCUCACAAUAACAGCACCGGAGAUAGUUGCAGACUACUCCGACUUCCCUGCUGUAGGGACAGUUCGAAAGUGCCCUCCCAAGCAAUUCUUCGAGAGCGCUUUCAGGACAGAAGGCUUAGGGCAUCCGGACCUCAAAACCCAGCACCUCCUUGGUGGUAGCAUGUUCACUCGCACGAGCGCCUCAGAAGCCAAAGGAAUCUGGCAAGUUCGCGCAUGGCACGUGAGGGAGUUUUCCGAUGGACAUGUUGGCGAGUGGGAUAAUAGCUCGUUUCUGGAGUUCACGUACGUCAAGAUAGAGAGUGGAGAGUGGAAGGUCAAAGGAUGGAGACCGCAUGGAGGGCUCGCCAUGAUCGGCAAUCACGACGAUGUAUUCGGGAAGUAG